AUGCGUCUCAUUUCAGCUUCCCUCGCGUUCCUCGCAGCUUCCACAGUUGCCCAAAAAUUCGAGAUCGAAUAUGGAAACACUCACAUCACCAGAUUGAUGAGCCAACUCGAGAUCGCGCGUAAAUCCGGAGAUCAGACACUCAUCAACGAUCUGAAUGCGAAGCUUGAACGCGCACAGCAGGGUGGUGACAGCUCAUGGAAUAACUACGAGACGAAAUGCCAUGUGAGCGCUUACUUCGACGCCGAGAUCUUCGCCGUCGACAUCAUGAAGCCUCCAACAGAAGUCGCAUGGGCAAUUGACCGUCUCGACAAGUUCUGGCGCACUGAUAGUGGGGGAGAUAUGCCAUACCCAGGAGACUUUGAUCGAUUCAUGCACCCAGAUGGGUUCAGAGUGAUCAAAGUGGACUACGAAGAGUUGCCGGAGAAGGUGAAAGCGUGGAGGGAUGAUCAAAUGAUCAAGGGAACAGAGGAGAGAAAAUAUAUUGCAAAUGUCGAUGGAGUAGCGUUCUUUGCGCCUGGUGUGGUUACUUGGUUGCUCCCGCUCUUUGCAGGAAAGGAUGUCGAAGUCGGGAAAGACGCUUGCGAGGAAACAGAUGAGCUCGUCAACCUUGACAACUAUCACAAACGCUCCCAAAACGCCGAACCGGAUACCAAGUUCUUGGUCGACUAUGUCGGAAGGUCUCAGGUUGGAAACAGCAUUAGAAUCAAGACGGUAGCAGAGAAGAGGGUCAAGGUCAAGGCUGACGAGCAAGGGGAACUUUAG